CGGAGGCGGGUCCUAUCAACCUCCGUUGAUUUUGCUCCUGAACAACACGAUCCUUUUUUUAAGUUCCGUAGACGAUGGGAGAAAGGGGGUUGUGAGGAUACGGAAAAUAGGGUCAGUCUGGAUAAUUUGGAUGUCCGUGGGACAUUAAGAGAAUCGAAAUAAGAAGCGAAGGGGUACAUAGUAACCGUUUCCUGGUGUUUAAAUGCGGGUAGGCAAUAGUUAGCGUCCUCAGGCUAACAGUGUUAGCAGCUAGCGAUCAACCAAACGACAAAGGAAAUAUAGCCAGUAAAUACACAUUCCCAUAAAAUAUCUUUUAUACGCUUUGCUUGUUCAGACUGAGGCCUUAUUUUUUGACGAAUCACCAAGACAACAGUAAACGGCGGACUCGAUCUGUUUGAAUAAACCCGACAAAAUCCACUAAAAUGGCGGAGCCGGACAAAUUAAACAUCGACUCCAUAAUACAGCGUCUCCUGGAAGUUAAAGGAUCCAGGCCAGGCAAGAACGUACAGCUGACAGAGAGUGAAAUCCGUGGCCUCUGUCUCAAAUCUCGGGAAAUUUUCCUCAGCCAGCCAAUUCUACUGGAGCUGGAAGCACCACUUAAGAUCUGCGGUGAUGUUCAUGGUCAGUAUUAUGACCUUCUUCGUCUCUUUGAGUAUGGCGGCUUUCCUCCUGAGAGUAACUACUUGUUUCUUGGAGACUAUGUGGACAGAGGGAAACAGUCUCUAGAGACCAUCUGCCUCCUGUUGGCCUACAAAGUCAAAUAUCCUGAAAACUUCUUCCUGCUGCGUGGCAACCAUGAAUGCGCCUCUAUUAACCGUAUAUAUGGCUUCUAUGAUGAGUGUAAGCGACGGUAUAACAUUAAGCUGUGGAAGACUUUCACAGACUGUUUCAACUGUUUACCUGUGGCUGCCAUUGUAGACGAGAAGAUCUUCUGUUGCCAUGGAGGCCUCUCUCCAGACCUGCAGUCAAUGGAGCAGGUGCGGCGUGUCAUGCGGCCCACAGAUGUACCUGACCAGGGGCUGCUGUGUGACCUGCUGUGGGCCGACCCCGACAAAGACGUGCUGGGUUGGGGAGAGAAUGACCGUGGCGUGUCCUUCACCUUUGGUGCUGACGUGGUGGCCAAAUUCCUUCACAAACAUGACAUGGACCUAAUAUGCAGGGCACAUCAGGUCGUGGAGGAUGGUUAUGAGUUUUUCGCGAAGAGACAGUUAGUCACCCUGUUCUCCGCUCCUAACUACUGUGGCGAGUUUGAUAACGCCGGGGCCAUGAUGAGUGUGGAUGAGACACUCAUGUGUUCCUUCCAGAUCCUUAAGCCAGCCGAUAAGAAGCUAUACUAUGGUGGAGGGGGUGGAAUGGGCUCAGGACGUCCAGUCACCCCACCGCGAAAUUCAGCCAAGGGUGGAAAAGCCAAGAAAUAACACCCGCUGGAUGAAGAUCCUCUCACCCAAAAUUCCCUGAUCUGACUCCACUCUCUUUCUCUACCUCCCUUCUUUCUUUCCAUCUCCAAACGGCUGUAAAGCAAAACAGUACCCAGGGUUGAAGUCCUUUUCUCCUCCUUUUCAUUUUUUUUUCCUCAUGUAACUUUACAAAUGUGUGUUUAUAUACGAGACUGCGUGUGUGUGUGUCGGUUAUGUUUGUUACGCUCUUUGUGUUUGUUUUCCCACCCACCCAUCCUUCCCUCCCCCUCCAUCACUCAUUGCCCCAUCUCUCCACCUGUCUCUUCUUUAGGGAGCCUCUGACAAAGCCUCCGUGUAAACGCCCAGCCAGGCUCUAGGGAAGACUGAGACAGACAGAGGGGUCAAAGGGGGUGGGACAAGCCCCAUCACUGUUUAUGUUCCCUGCAUUGUUUAAAACACGGAACUGCAUUAGUUAGAGAGCCAGUCUGAGUGAGAUGUGAUACAUGUGUAUAUACACACACACGCAGGGAGAAUGGAUGUGCAGAGAAAACAUGAGGUAGAGAGAGUUUGUCACAGGUGCAUAAUUUCCAUUUAGAGGUCCAGUGAUUUAAAACAAACGAUCAUGUUGGAACUUUUUACUUUUUUUGUAGAUGGAUCACAGCUAAAGCUUUGAAAUUCUUUGCUUACUAUGUGUCUUUUUAGGGUCUUUUUUUGAAAGACAAUUAUCAAUAAAGAGAACUUUAUUUAAACAUCCU